UCUACUUGAUAAUUUUGUUUUGAAGUAAAUUUUAGAAAUAUUUUAUCAAGAAAUUAAAAAAAAUGGAGAUAUUUGACUAAUGAUGCCUCUAUAAAGUCAUAUACACAUACUAACAAACUAAAAACCUCAAUAUUUAUAAAAUUUAUUAUAAUCGGUUUUUCAGAAACCCUAAGUGAUUUAUCGAAACUCUCUCACCGUUAGUCAGCAGACGGAUAAUCGCCUCCAUAUUUUUGGCCCCUUUACAAAGCUCCACUCCUUCGCCGCUUUCCCUAACCGCCGAUCUCAGAAAGAGCUCUCCGUCUGACUCAGUAGCCUCAAUCAAUCCCUCUAAGGUUUUCCACUUUCCGGCGAGGAAACCCCCGGACAUUCCGAGAUGGCGCGCAAUGAAGAAAAAGCACAAUCGAUGCUUAAUCGCUUCAUAACGAUGAAGAAUGAGGAGAAGCGCAAGCCCAAGGAGCGUCGUCCAUACCUCGCCUCGGAGUGCCGCGAUCUCGCCGAUGCUGACCGCUGGCGCGGUGAAAUUCUCCGAGAGAUUGGCGUUAAGGUGGCUGAGAUCCAGAACGAGGGUCUCGGCGAGCAUCGACUUCGUGAUCUCAAUGACGAGAUCAACAAGCUACUCCGAGAGCGGGUCCACUGGGAGCGCCGCAUCGUCGAGCUUGGAGGACCAAACUACAUGAAGAACAUCGCCAAGAUGACAGAUCUUGAUGGUAACAUCAUCGAUGUUCCUAAUCCCUCCGGCCGUGGCCCUGGUUACCGCUACUUUGGAGCUGCCAAGAAGCUCCCUGGCGUACGGGAGCUCUUUGAGAAACCGCCCGAGAUCAGGAGGCGUCGCACUCGCUAUGAUAUCUAUAAGCGAAUAAAUGCCAGCUACUAUGGAUACAGAGAUGAUGAGGAUGGCAUCCUUGAGAAGCUCGAGGCAACUGCAGAGAAAGAGAUGAGAGAGAAAGCAGAAGCAGAGUGGUGGAAGAUGGAUCAAAUUAGGAGGGAGGCGAAGAAGGCUGUGAAGAGCAGCCAGGUUGUUAAUGUGGAGCCUGCGUCCAAGGAUAUUUUGUUUGAGGAGGAGGAGGAUGUGGUGGAGGAGGAGAGGAGGGAGAGGGAAAGAGUGGUGAGGGAGAGUAUCAAGCAGCAGGAAUUUGUUGUGCACGUACCACUGCCUGAUGAGAAGGAAAUUGAGAAAAUGGUUUUGGAGAAGAAGAAGAUGGAACUAUUGAGCAAAUACACCAGUGAUAUGUUGAUGGAAGAGCAGAAGGAAGCCAUGACGAUGCUCAAUGUGCAGAGGUAGAGCCCGUUUUGGAGGUUGCAUCGAGCUUCAAAGACUUAGCCUGUUAUCUUUAAGUAGUGAUAGCUCUUCGUGUUUCAACUUUCUGCCAUCUACUGUACUAUGAGGAAGAGAAGGUUUUUCCUAUGAACAUUACCGAAACCGUCAUGUGCUUCUGCAAUCUGCACCAUGAUUUCUGCUCCAAGAGUUUUUUCAGUAGCAGGGAACUUUUCAUAUGUGUUUCCCAUUCCUUUUGCAUCGUGUGCAGGAAGCAACAUUAUUGAUCUUUUCGGAAUGGCAGGCAGAUCUUUUGAUGGGAGGUAAGAUCUAUUUGCUUGCCACUUGCUUAAAAGCUAAAAUAUUGCUAAUUUUCUCUGAACAUUUGAUUUUAUUUACACCACCAAUGUAGCUUGACAGCUCUUCAGAAUAAAACGUUUGAUAUAACUGCGUUUAUUCUUACCUUGCUCUA